AUGUUUAUUGAUGGUAUGUCUAUUGUUGAUAAACAUUGUCAAGAAACAACAUUAGAUCAAAAUGUUUGUAUAAAAAUGGCACUUUUACGUAUAUGGUCGACUAUUUGUGAACGAAAAAAUACUGCAAUUAUUACUUGUGAUGAUCAACUUCAAUAUUUCAGUGAAUGUGUUAAAAUGUUAUCUGCUGAAUAUGAUCAUAUUUAUGAACACAAAAUGAAAACGAAAUUCGUAUCUAUUCAUGAAACGCCAUUAGGAAAAACUUUUCUUCAACAAACAUCAAAGGAUCAAAAUCAUUUCUCAUAUGAUCUAAUUACGAUUAAUGACGUUAUACAAAAUAUAAAUGUUGACAAUGAUCAAUCACCUUCGUUGACAAUUUAUUCGUUAAAAGAUAAACUAAAUGAUGCAAGCAACAACAAUCUAUCUGAUCAAAAAUUAUUGCUUAAUCCUCAUUCAUCGGAAUUAUUAACUAUAUGGACAGAAUUUUAUGAAAAAGAAAAGGCAUUACAAGCAGAUAAAAUUUUUCAUCCACAUACUUUUAUUUUACUUGAUCAAUUUACACCAUUGACUUUAGGUGUUCUUAUUGGUGUUUAUCAAAUGUCCAUGUUUUUUGAAGAUAUUAUUCGUGAAAAUAUCUUUCAAUUAAAUGAUUAA